GAGAAGAUGCUCUCACUACAGGAGCAGCUACAUCAUCACCGAGGGAGCAGAACAUUUUCAUCUGCUCACAAUGAUUAUUUCUCACUGACUCAACAACAAGAACAUCUGGAAUUAAAGAGUAAGAAGGUGGAUUCCUGUUGCUGCAGCUCCAGAUGUGUUUCACUUGAAAAGCAGGCACCUCUUAACUUGGAUACACCUGUUUUUAUUUGUACCCAUGGAUUUCCAUAACGAUUCCAAUUUUUCGGUCCCACACACUAAUUCAACAACACCAGCUGAAGAUGGGGCCCUUCAUUGCAGUGCCAUCCUCCCCGUCAUCUUCGGCAUCAUCUGUUUUCUUGGUAUCUUUGGGAACUGCAUCGUUAUGUACACCAUCAUAAAGAAGACCAAGUGCCGCGCCAAGCAGACUGUUCCGGACAUCUUUAUCUUAAACGUGUCAAUUGUUGAUCUCCUCUUUCUCCUUGGGAUGCCAUUCCUCAUCCACCAGUUGCUGGGCAAUGGCAGCUGGCACUUCGGAGCCACAAUGUGUACAGUCAUUACUGCGCUCGACUCCAACAGCCAGAUUGUCAGUACUUACAUCCUCACUGCUAUGACCCUCGACCGUUACUUGGCUACGGUCCAUCCCAUCCGCUUCAACUAUGUCCGCACACCCUGUGUGGCAGCGCUGGUCAUCGUUAUCGUGUGGGGUCUGUCCUUCCUCACCAUUAUCCCUGUGUGGAUGUAUGCGGGCCUGAUGCAUCUUCCAGACGGACUGGUGGCCUGUGCGCUCCUCCUGCCUAACCCAAUCACCGACACAUACUGGUUUACACUUUACCAGUUCUUUUUGGCCUUCGCCAUGCCCUUGUUUAUAAUCUGCCUGGUGUUCUUCAAGAUGCUCCAACACAUGUCCAGCAGUGUGGCCCCGCUGCCUCCACGGAGUCUGAGGGUGCGCACCAGGAAGGUGACCCGGAUGGCAGUGGCCAUCUGCCUUGCGUUCUUCAUCUGCUGGGCUCCUUACUACAUCCUCCAGCUGGUCCACCUCGGGGUGCAGAAGCCAACCCUCGCGUUCUCCUAUGCGUACAACAUAGCCAUUAGCAUGGGCUACGCUAACAGCUGCAUCAACCCAUUUCUCUACAUCAUCCUUAGUGAGACCUUCAAGAGGCAGUUCCUCAGAGCCGUACGUCCGGUCAACAGAAAGUUCCGCGUGAACCCGAGCACCACGGAUGGUGGCAGCGUGAGCAUGCGAUUGGUACCUGAGGGGGGUCAGCAGAAGCCGGCCCCUCAGGAGAUGAUGCCAUCCAAUGUGGCGCCACAAUGAAUAAGAAUCAGAGGCAAAGGAUCAAAGAAUGACUUCAUCACCAUUUAUCUGCUGCAUCAAUAAGUUUGGAUAUUGGACAUUAGCACCUGUCACAAACAAUAAUGUGAGCACAUCAACUCUGAUCAAGCAUUUUGUUUAAACGGCAUGUCGGAUAUUUCUCUGCACAAACCAGAUAAAUAUUUCUGUUUCCAAUUAUUCAUGAAUUUAAACAGUGUGUUUGAGCCUCUUACUGGGCUUGUUCCCAUUUUUAUCUUAGCAAUUAAAACCUGGAAAUACCAAACAUUCUCAAUAACAUGGAGCUCAUACUCAUAUAAUCCAUCAUUUCAAAUCUCUACAAACCAUCCAUUUUGACUGAAUGGAGUUUGCCUGUACAGCUUGUACAUGUACAACCCUGGCUGCAGCAUUUCUUUAUCAAUACCACUCAGCAAGUUCGAGGGGAAGGAGGCUGAGCAGUUUCUUCAGUGAACCUCACAGCUUACAGCAUGCAUUGUGCUCUAUGAACUCCAUAUGUUCCUAGUGUCUGCCCUGGUCUCUGUGCAUUCAUUAAGCAGGUUUAUGGAGCUCGGACAAGCGCAUAUCUCUGUCACAGGGGAGACAUUCUGUGUUGCCAUUUCUUCAUUUCAAACCCCUCACAGGGAAUCCACACAUUUUCACAGGAAUUCAUAUCUUUCCUUUGACUUUCAUUGGCCUUUUGUUUAUUCUGAACACUACGGGUCAGGCUUAAAUAUCAAAUUGUGUUUGUUUUCUUCAUCCACGAAAAGCAGUGAUCCUUUCUUUUAAUAAAACAGAGCGAAAAUGUUUUAAAAUAGUAGCUACACCUACAAACCAUAAAGUAAUGCCUAUGUGACCAUGUGAAGCGAAUGAAAUGUUUUAAAACAAUUGCUGUUCACACAAACAUUGAUAUCAGCUCCUCAUGCAGCACCUGGAAACAGAAGCUCGGCCACGGGUCAAGGGACAAGCGAGUUGUGAUU